AUCCUAAUCCCGGUCUUGGUCUGGGGAUGCUGAAGAGUGAUUUACAAGAAGGUUUACUACCCCUCUCAAUUAUUUACCCCAUUAAUGGAAUUUAUCAACAGCCUGGAGUCCUUGGCAGGAUUAUGAGCGAACAGAGGAUGCACUGAAAUGAACACACUGGGUAGCCAUGCCAGAGAUUUGCAUGCGCAGAAGGGAAAUUGAAGACAUUGGAGCGGUGACUUACAUGGCAUUUGGGAACACCACUGUCCAUCUCAGGAAAGCAGACUAACCUCCCAACAUCUCUUCACUAGCUUGCUAGAAGCGGGACGGCUAUGUUCUUGGGACCUUGGCCUUUCUUUCACCUUAUGCUCUGGUUUGCAGCUCCCAGAAGACAGCAAAGACACCAUGGCCUUGUAACUUUCAAGCUCCUGCGGUGUGUGUGCCUCCUGGCCCUCACGUCCAUCCCGCAACAGGUGUGCGGACCCCCUUACAAGAUAGGGGUGGUGGGCCCUUGGGCUUGUGAUCCGUUGUUCUCAAAAGCUCUGCCUGAGGUUGCUGCUCGAUUAGCCACUGAGCGGAUCAACAGGGACCCAUCAUUUGACCUGGGUUACUCUUUUGAAUACGUGAUUCUCAAUGAAGACUGCCAGACUUCCGGAGCCCUUGCCAGUUUCAUUUCUCACCACCAGAUGGCCUCAGGAUUUAUUGGACCUGCCAAUCCCGGCUACUGCGAGGCAGCCUCGCUCUUGGCAAACAGCUGGGACAAAGGGAUUUUCUCUUGGGCCUGUGUGAAUUACGAAUUAGACAAUAAAAAUAGCUAUCCGACCUUUUCUCGGACACUCCCUUCUCCCAUCCGUGUGCUGGUAACCGUCAUGAAAUAUUUCCAGUUGGCUCACGCUGGAGUCAUUUCCUCAGAUGAAGACAUUUGGGUGCACACAGCCAAUCGAGUCGCAAGUGCUCUUCAGAGCCGGGGCCUACCUGUAGGGGUCGUCCUGAGCACAGGACGAAACAGCCAAAGCAUUCGGGAAGCUCUCCAGCAGAUUCGCCAGGCUGACAGAAUUCGCAUAAUCAUCAUGUGUAUGCAUUCGGCCUUGAUUGGGGGAGAGACUCAGAUGCAUCUCUUGGAAUGGGCUCAUGAUCUGAAAAUGACUGAUGGAACCUAUGUCUUUGUUCCUUAUGAUGCCCUGCUCUACAGUUUACCUUAUAAGCAUACACCCUACCAGGUCCUGAGGAACAGCCCAAAACUCCGGGAAGCCUAUGAUGCUGUGUUGACCAUUACAGUGGAGUCCCAAGAAAAGACCUUCUACCAAGCCUAUACUGAGGCAGCAGCUACACAUGAAGUUCCUGAGAAGCUGGACUCAGAUCAAGUUUCACCGUUGUUUGGAACCAUCUACAAUUCAAUUUACUUUAUUGCACAAGCCAUGAAUAAUGCUAUGAAAGAAAAUGGACAGGCUAGUGCUGCCAGCCUGGUUCAGCAUUCCAGAAACAUGCAGUUCUAUGGAUUCAACCAGUUGAUAAGGACAGAUUCAAACGGAAAUGGAAUUGCAGAAUAUGUAAUCCUGGACACCAACUGGAAAGAAUGGGAACUGUAUAGCACUUACACUGUGGACAUGGAAACGGAGCUGCUACGGUUCAGAGGGACCCCCAUUCACUUCCCUGGUGGCAGGCCCCCUCAAGCAGAUGCAAAAUGCUGGUUUGCAGAAGGGAAGAUCUGUCAAGGAGGCAUCAACCCUGCCUUUGCCGUGAUGGUCUGUCUCGCUUUGCUUAUAGCCCUGUUGUCUAUUAAUGGAUUUGCUUACUUUAUAAGGCGUCGUAUAAAUAAAAUCCAGUUGAUUAAAGGACCCAACAGAAUUCUACUGACUUUGGAGGAUGUGACAUUUAUUAAUCCCCACUUUGGCAGUAAGAGAGGAAGUCGUGCCAGUGUAAGCUUCCAGGUCACCUCAGAAGUCCAAAGUGGGUGGUCCCCAAGGCUCUCCUUUUCUUCAGGGAGUCUAACUCCAGCUACCUAUGAAAACUCCAACAUAGCAAUUUAUGAGGGUGAUUGGGUGUGGCUGAAGAAGUUCCCCUCUGGAGGUUUUGGAGACAUUAAGUCCAUCAAAGCACGUGCAAGUAAUAUGUUUGAAAUGAUGAAGGACCUACGUCAUGAAAAUAUUAACCCUUUAUUGGGCUUCUUCUAUGAUUCAGGAAUGUUUGCCAUUGUGACAGAAUUCUGUUCCAGAAGGAGCCUAGAAGACAUAUUGACAAAUCAGGAUGUGAAACUUGACUGGAUGUUUAAAUCAUCACUUCUGUUGGAUCUCAUCAAGGGCAUGAAGUACUUACACCACAGAGAGUUUGCUCAUGGGAGGCUGAAGUCUCGGAACUGUGUGGUUGAUGGGCGUUUUGUACUAAAAGUGACAGAUUAUGGCUUUAAUGAUAUCUUGGAAACACUAAGACUCUCCCAAGAGGAACCUUCUGCAGAAGAGUUGCUAUGGACGGCCCCUGAACUGUUGAGAGCUCCAAAGGGCAGCCGGUUAGGUUCUUUUGCAGGAGAUGUCUAUAGCUUUGCCAUCAUCAUGCAAGAAGUGAUGGUCCGGGGCACCCCAUUCUGCAUGGUGGAUCUGCCUGCCAAAGAAAUCAUAGACAGACUUAAGAAGCCUCCUCCUGUGUACAGACCAGUUGUUCCUCCUGAGUAUGCCCCAGCAGAAUGUCUCCAGCUAAUGAAGCAGUGCUGGGCUGAAGCUGCAGAACAGCGACCAACUUUUGAUGAAAUAUUUAAUCAGUUUAAAACUUUCAAUAAAGGGAAGAAGACCAAUAUCAUUGAUUCCAUGCUUCGGAUGUUGGAACAAUAUUCUAGCAACUUGGAAGAUUUGAUCCGGGAACGGACUGAAGAGCUGGAAAUUGAAAAACAGAAAACGGAAAAGCUUCUAACACAGAUGCUACCACCGUCAGUUGCUGAAUCCCUCAAAAAGGGCUGCACGGUUGAACCUGAGGGCUUUGACUUGGUCACCUUGUACUUCAGUGACAUUGUGGGCUUCACCACCAUUUCUGCCAUGAGUGAGCCCAUUGAGGUGGUGGAUCUUCUCAAUGACCUGUACACACUCUUUGAUGCCAUCAUUGGCAGUCAUGAUGUCUACAAGGUAGAGACCAUUGGAGAUGCUUACAUGGUGGCCUCAGGCCUCCCAAAGAGGAAUGGCAGUAGGCAUGCAGCUGAGAUUGCAAACAUGUCCCUAGAUAUCCUGAGCUCCGUUGGUACCUUCAAGAUGCGACACAUGCCAGAGGUCCCAGUCCGGAUUCGAAUAGGCCUGCAUUCAGGGCCCGUUGUUGCAGGAGUGGUGGGUCUCACCAUGCCCAGAUACUGCCUGUUUGGAGACACUGUGAACACAGCUUCUCGGAUGGAAUCAACAGGGUUACCUUAUCGCAUUCAUGUCAGUCACAGCACCGUGACAAUUCUUCAAGCUCUAAGUGAGGGCUAUGAAGUGGAGCUUCGAGGAAGAACAGAGCUCAGGGGCAAAGGCACAGAAGAGACCUUCUGGCUGGUUGGAAAAAAAGGCUUCACAAAACCUCUUCCUGUGCCCCCACCAGUGGGCAAAGAUGGGCAAGUAGGCCAUGGCCUGCAACCAGUGGAGAUUGCAGCCUUCCAAAGAAGAAAAGCAGAAAGGCAGCUGGUGAGAAACAAGCCAUAAGGUAAUGGCUAGCAGGAAAACAGAGCACGGGAGCUUGCCAAAUUUUCAACGCUGGGGCUCCCUUUGGCAUGGGUGCCAGUCUCAGCCUACACUCGGUUGGCAGAGUGUGAUGGAGUUGGUGCAUUUCCAAGCUCCACUGAGUUGAGCAAAAACCUAGUCGGGAGGCCUGUUGCAGAGCAAGCUGCAUCUGAGGGAGGUCAGCUGCCCUGUUCCUGAGAGAGACCUUUGCCUCCCGCACUGAUAACAUAUUUGAAUGUCAAACAAGGCUGGCCUCGUUAUCCAGUUAAUCAGGCAGGUGCACCUGUCUGUUUCAUUGUUGAGUACCUGGACCACAUGAUGAGCCACUUCAGGUCUUUGUAGAUUCACAUCUAUCUAAGCAACACAGCAAUAUUAUGAUGAUCUUAUUUCCCCAAGAUCCAUUGGCGAGACCAUCUUUGAGGGGAUGUUAUGUCAUUUCCUCUGGUGGCAUGCUUGAGCGCUUCUGAGGUUGUCAUUGCCAACCAAAAUAAGACUGGUUACACCUUGACUGCCUGGCUUGAAUUCAGGACCAUUUCCCCCAUCCCUCCUCCCGUACUAGAACGGUAUGAUUCCAGUAGCAACAACAGACUAAUUAUCAAGAAUUCUCCCCAGAUAUUUAUCUUUGAGGAAUCUGUUGCCUUCUGGGGCUCCUAUCAGCAUCCCUUCUCUAUCGUUCUUUCUUAUUUUCUCUUUUAUGGAGACUUUGACCCUAGUACUCAUUUCUCCCUCCACAUAUUUUUGGAAAUCACAAGCUUCUAAAGUAAACAUUAGGGCAUCUCCACACAUUCCUACUCCCUUGUUUCUUAGCAUGUUUCAGAAUAAUCACAAUUGUAGCAGCAACUACCAAAUGCAUCCACAUACCUCCUAUUUUCCCAUUAGCCUCUAUUGACUUUGUCAGAUCUCUAUAACUCUUUCUCUCCCAAGGAAACCCAGUGCAUCUUCAUUUCUGCAACUAUCACAGGUACCCUCUAUAAGUCAUAAUGCUCCAGAAAGGCUUCUGUACUGAGUUUGUGGCUCCCCUGAAGCUCCCUCCCAAUCCUGCAAAAUGGAGGAUCCUGCAAUCCUGCAAUCCUGGAGCUUGGCUCUGUUUUUCCCCACUGGUAAAUACAAGUAGAUAGGCAGCUGGGACACACAUUCACCUAAUUUCCAGGAACGUUCUUUCCUGUAGGGAAGGAAACACACAAAUACACAUAGACACACAGUCUCUUUCUCUGUAUCUCUAUCUUUCUCUCACAGCAGGCGAGUUUUUGGAAGCUCUUGAAGGGUUUCCCCUUUGGUAGGGUGGCAUAGGCAUUGCAAGUACUGUGUAAGAACCUAUCCAUUCCUAAGAAUGUGUUGGAAUUUGCAGAAGACACUGCAGCUGACUCACCAUCAUUGGCUGUGUGCUUUCUAAUGCUUCCCCAGCACUGCAGAUGGAUGUGACUUAGGCAAUUUAUACACACUCAUCUGGACCCCCUUGACAGAGGGCAAGCUUCUGUGGACUGUGAGUAUAUGGAACAGAUUGAAGCCAAUUGGCCCCAAAGUGGAUUUGACCUCUGGUCUUAGCCUCAUUAGCACUUAUACUUUAAUCAACAUGUUAAUUGACCACAGUGGCCUUGGCAGGCUUUGCAAAUCACAAAAAUCCUCAAGAAGAGUACCCUUGACAAAUAUCAGAAGGCUUGCCCUAAUUCUAAGAGCUCUCAGACAUCUCACAUCUCUCAUUAAAUGUCCUAUGUUGAUGUCAUGCAGUAACAUCACCUAUUCCACAAUGUUGCUAAUGUUCUAUGAAUUUUUAGGCUGACUCAUAAUGAGACAGAUCCAACUUGCAAAAGACCCACAACACCAAUGACUAUCUCUCAUAUGCUGUUGCUGUCAUGGGAGCUGUUAGGGGAAAAUUUGAAACCUUUAGAGAGCCCUCUGGGGUCAUACAGGAAGGAAAAAGAGAUGCUGUGAUAGGGACACAGCUUUGGUGAACUGACUGCAGUGGCUGCCUCUCAGGCAAGGCCCUGAUGUCUAUCCAGUAUCUCCUUCCUCAUGUCCCCAAAUAUCCACCACUUUCCAAACCUUCCUAAAGGUUAUCACUUCGUCUGGUUACUUUCCCUAAAAUUUCACCAACUGGGCUUCAUUUGGGGUUAAUGAGCCUUUCAAUCAUAGAUGUACCUUUUGGAGGGCAAGGGAGGACUAAUCACUCAUAUCAGAGUGGAAGUGAACUGAGCUGGAUGUUCAGGAGAACUUGGAACUUUCAUUUUGAUUGGGACCAGGAGAAAUGAGGAAGUUUGGCAGUUAUGAA